CUGCUGCGGUUUGGUUGUAGCUCAUGAUGGAUAUUCCGUGCGUCCAGUGGCAGGACCACGUUGCACAGAAAUGGACCGGACUCGACCCGGAGCUGCAGGAACAGUUUGCAUCCCUGCGUGAAAUAGAUGAUGUGUUUCAAUGUGCUUUAGGUCUGACAACUCAAGAUGAUGUGGACUUUUUGCAGUCUGUUUCUGCUGGAUAUUCAGUGCAGAAGGACACAGAGGAAGCAGCCAAAUGCAGGGAGAGGGGUAACUCCAGCUUCAAGGCUAGAAACUACACUGCAGCCGCUCUGCACUAUUCACAGGGCAUAUGUUUCGCUCCCCAAAGUUCGGAGCAGCUGUCGUUGUGCUACGCCAACCGCUCUGCAGCGCUCCACCAUCUGCAGCACUACCAGGAAUGCCUCGAUGACAUUGACAAAGCCCUGAAGAGUGGCUAUCCCUCUCAUCUGGUACACAAACUGCAGGACCGUCGCACGCUGUGCCUUGAACGCCUCUUUGUAAAGGCAAAAGAGGAAGAUCAUAGUGCUGCCUCAAAGAAUCCUGAAGGUUCAGGCAGAGUAAAAGCACCAUCUGUUGGGCCUCUCAUAUUUGGGAUUUGUCCUCAAGCUGCUGUUGGCUCCAGCGUGGAAAAAGGUCGACACCUGGUGGCGACAGAGAGAAUAGUAGCUGGGCAGGUGAUCCUCAUGGACAGGCCGUACAGCUGUGUCCUCAUACCGGGGAUGGAGGAGGCGAGAGGAAAAGGAGGAAGGCAGGACAUGGAGAGGGAAGUGUUGUUUGGAACCGAGUGCAGACGCUGUCACCGGUGUUUGGCUGAAACACUGUGUCCUGUGCCAUGUAAGGGAUGCAGCUACAGCCGAUACUGUUCAACCAGCUGCCAGCAGGAAGCCUGGGAGGAACAUCACCGCUGGGAGUGUCCGCUGGGAGCGGAUCUGAUGGCGAUGGGUGUGAUUUCACAGCUUGCUCUGAGGGUAACGCUAAAGGCAGGAUUAAAUGGCGUCCAAAUGGCAAGAGAGCCAAUCAGAGGCGAGCACAAGAAGUCAGAGCCAAGCUGUGUUAAUCAUGACUCCAGUGAUUCCAAUCAAUGUCAUUCAGAUCAGCCUGAUUCUUCUAUUUCAUACUACGGGGACUCUUACCUCAGUGUGUUUCACUUACUGCACCACAUAAAUCAGCACGGCCCAAGACUGUGCUUCCUGUCUGCUGUCACUGCAGCAACACUCUACCUGAAGCUCAGCAAAGCAGGACCUCCACCUGCAUCCUGGUGCCUUAGUAAACCCUCAGCUACAAGCAGCCAAUCAGAGCACGGACCAGACGAGGAGGGAGGUAAUGCAGAUUGGGACUCAGAGCUGUGGCUGCUGGGAAGUGCAGUUCUGCGGCACCUCCUGCAGCUGAGGUGUAACGCCCAGGCGAUCGUCACGCUGCAAGAUACAGGAGCAGCAAACUCGCCGGUGCAGUCAAGCCGGGAAAUUCGCAUUGCCACGGCCAUGUUCCCAACUCUGAGUCUCCUCAAUCACUCCUGCUGUCCCAACACCAGCCUGGUGUUCAGCACUGGAACGAGUGCUGAUCCCUGUGGUUCGGAUGUUUCUGCAGACGUCACUGAGAGCGUAGCUGAGUAUAAACAUGAGGCCCGUGGAGUCACUGUUACAGUCAGAGCGGCCAAAGUUAUCUCUCCUGGACAAGAGAUCCUACACUGCUAUGGUCCUCAUAGCAGCAGGAUGGUGACCCAAGAACGCCGGCGUCUCCUGCAUGACCAGUACUAUUUCCUGUGUCAGUGUGAGGCCUGCAGCGUACAGCAGCAGCAGGAGGAGGAGGUGGAGGUGGAGGAUGGAGGACAGCAGUGGCCGGGUGCUGGAGGCGAUCCACAGGAGUCUGGACUCCUGUGCUGCAAGUGCAAAGGUUAUCUCAAAAAAAGCGGCAACAAGAGCGAAACUAUAUUUUUCUGUUUGCGGUCAUCCUGCGGUCAUCGCAUGUCUUUGUCUGAGGUGAGCCGCGGGCUGCAGGAGAUCAGGGUGGACCUGGAGAAAGCCGUGGCACUCAUGGAGAGAGACAGACCAGGUGAGGCCAUGAAACUGCUGAAAAGGACUCAGUGUCAGUCUGGACUGAUCCUCGCAGAGAAACAUCCGCUACAGGGGGAGCUGGCUGACGCUACAGCCAGAGCGUACGCUACAAUGGGUGACUGGAAAAAUGCAGCAUCCUAUCUGGAGCGAAGCGCUGUAGCUAUUGGCUCCCAGUAUGGAGAAGACAGCAUUGAACUGGGUCGACAACUCUUCAAAUUAGCUCAGCUGCACUUCAACGGCGGCGCCAGAGGCCCGGUCCUCUCUGUCAUCCCCAAGGUCAGACGACUCCUCUGCCUUCACUGUGGCCCUCACUGCCAUGAAUUACAGGAGCUGAAGGCCAUGGAGGACUGCCUACGGGGGUAGUUUUAAAUAAACACAGCAGUGGACAUUUGCAAAAUAUAAUUACACUUUUGUACUCCUGAUUAAAAUAUGUGACAUUUUCUGA